CAUUGCAAUUACAGUUGGCGGCCAAACAUUAGAAAGAGCAAGGAGAGCCAAGCGAAAGAAAGCAGGAGAGUUCGUGGUUGUUAUUGCGUAUGGCGGCCUUGCUCUCUUUCCUCUCUACUAUUCCUCCUUCCGCCUCUCAACGUCGUCGUUUUCUUCCUGUCACUGACUUCUCUUUCUCUUCUCCUCCUUAUCUCCGCUCCGUCUCGGAUAAUUAUGGAAAACGCCGAACCUUAUUUCUUUCUUCGUCAUUGCCGUCGUCUUUUGAUGAUCUUGACUCCGCAUCGAAUUCGAGCUCCGCUGGUUCCUCUGAGAAAUCGGUCCUCUCAGAUAUGAUACACGAGAUAGAACCAUUGGAUGUGACACUUAUCCAAAAAGAUGUUCCUCCCACCACCUUGGAUGCAAUGAAAAGGACCAUCUCAAGCAUGCUAGGCUUACUUCCAUCAGACAGGUUUCAAGUUUCUAUUGAUGCUUUGUGGGAACCCCUCUCUAAGUUAUUGGUUUCUUCAAUGAUGACUGGGUAUACGUUGCGGAAUGCUGAAUAUAGGCUUUGCCUUGAAAGAAACCUUGAUAUAAAUGAAGUAAGUCAUGAAAGUCAGACACCAGAAAGUUCCAAAUUUGAUUUGCAAGAGAUGUUUCUUAGUGGCAAGAAAAUAGAUGAACAAUCUUGGAAAAAUAACUUCUUUCCCGAACUUGGGAAAACAAUUGAUGAGCCAUCUGAGGAUAUUGGUUGUGAAGGCUUUGGUGAAUUGUCCCCUGAAGUUCAGCAUUAUAUUCAUCGUCUGCAGUCUCAAUUAUCUUCUGCAGAAAAGGUGUUGGAUUCUGGGGAACCUCCCUUUGCAGAAGAAAUUAUGGAACUCUGCGAGGUUAAAAGGAAAAGUGCUGCUCUUCAAAUGCAACAGUUCGUUGGAGAAGAAAAGAAUGAUUUGCUGGACUACUUAAGAUCCUUACAACCUGAGAAGGUAGCUGAACUAUCAGAGCCUACAUGCCCUGAAUUGAAAGAAACAAUCUACUCUGUGGUCCAUGGUCUCCUUGCAACUCUUUCCCCUAAAAUGCACUCUAAAGCUCCUCCCUCAUUGGAGAACACCGCAAGUGGAGUAGUGAAUAUUGGGAGUGAAGAUUGUGCUGAACUUCUGGAAAAUACUUCACUUCAGUUCCAGCCACACAUAUCGCUAACAAGGGACUAUCUGGCUCGUCUUCUUUUCUGGUGCAUGCUGUUAGGACAUUAUCUCCAAGGUCUAGAGUAUCGGGUGGAGCUGAUGCGACUUCUUUCAUUGACAAGUGAUGCUGAAAGUAGUGUAUUUGGAGAUGGACAAGUUGCUUGAGAUCUACUGUCUAUUACAAAUGCUUCGAUCUGUAGAUAAGCAAGAUGAUCGGAGUAUACAGCAUUUGUCUUCCAACAUGAAGAAGCUGAAAGUGAUAUUCAAGCUUAGGCCAAAUAAGCUUUUGCGGAUAGUGAGCUCAUUAAUGCCUAAAAGGAUACAUUUUCUUUAUUUGAAUUAUGGAUAUAUAGCCGUAAAUUUGAAAUUUUUUCAUUGCUUUCGCAAAAAUAAAAAAUUCGAAGUUUCAUUUUUA